UUUCUAAGAUAAAUGUGUCCUUUAUAAUAUUUUGCAUUCCUCUACUAAUCAGGACAUUCAGAUUGCUUCUGGUCAACUUUGGCCCCCAGUUUAAUGACACAUCUAGUGGCUGUAAGAGAAAGAGACAAAGAAGAAUUGGGGAGGGAGUGAGUGAGUGAGAGAACAGCUAGGAGCGACUCAGGAAGUCAGCAGGGGAAGUUUGGUGGUUUUUUGCGUCAUCCUCGCUGCUGCUGCUGGUGGUUCCGAUGCUGAAACAAGAACUGCCCUGCAAGAACAAACACCUGGUGAAUAUUUCGCCAUCGCACGGCGCACCAGGAUACAGCAAACCACAGUGCGGUACAGCUCAGAAACCUGCAAGACAGUUCAGGGUUUGAGAAACACUUUCAGCCCAAAUACAGUCAGCCUAAUAGAGUACAGCGCACGGUACAGUGUAGUACAGCACGACCCCAGGCACCUGCACUGGCAGCAGCGAUUGAUGUAAAAGGGAGAGCCGGGAAGCAGACGGGGGAGCGAUGAGGAGAGGAAGGAAAAGGGGAGGCAACAAGGAGAAAGUGUUCGGCUGUGACCUGCUGGAGCACCUGUCAGCUUCCUCCCAGGAGAUCCCCCUGGUACUGCGGUGUUGCAGUGAGUUCAUUGAGGAGCAUGGAAUUGUGGAUGGAAUCUAUCGGCUUUCGGGGGUCUCGUCCAACACGGUGAAGCUGAGGAGCGAGUUUGAAGGCGAGGGAUAUCCAGACCUCAACAAGGAUGUAUACCUGCAGGACAUCCACUGCGUCAGCUCCCUCUGCAAGGCCUACUUCAGAGAGCUGCCAAACCCUCUUCUCACAUACCAGCUUUAUGACAAGUUUGCUGAAGCGGUAGCCAUUCACCUUGAAGAGGAGAGGCUGGUGAAGAUUAAAGAGGUGCUGAAAGAGCUGCCGCGCCCCCACUACAGAACUCUGGAGUUCCUCAUGCGCCACUUGGUUCGAAUGGCAGCACACUCUGCACAGACCAACAUGCAUGCCAGGAACUUGGCCAUCGUCUGGGCACCCAACCUUCUCAGGUCAAAGGACAUUGAGGCAACAGGACUCAAUGGCACAGCUGCCUUCAUGGAGGUGCGGGUCCAGUCUGUUGUGGUGGAAUUCAUUCUGACCCAUGUGUCCCAGCUCUUCUCUGAACCAGGUCACGUCAGUGAGCGCAGACAAUCCUUGCCCUCCCCGACACCCUGCAACCACGACGACAAGUCCAAGGAGGCAAAUGCCUUCCAGUUUCUGGGCACCAUCAGUCCAGGGGAUGGGCCCCCACCCAUGAGACCUUACCACGCCAUCAUUGAGGGCACAGACAAGAGGAAGGGUUCUUUGAAGGGAAAGAAGUGGACGUCCAUUUUCAAUCUGGGAGGAAGACUCAGUGACCCGAAGAAGAAGAGCAAGUAUCCCAGAAAAGAAAAAGAGAAGACCAGCCUGCGGCCAGCCAAGAGCAUGGAUUCCCUCAGUACCAUAUCGUCCUCCCAGUCAGGACCCAGACAACGGCCCCCUGCAUGCCAGCUAUCUCUUGCCAACCAACCGCCGCCUUGCCUCUCGGGGGGUGGGGAGGCAGGAGCAAUUGGUGGGUCCAUGGGAGGUAUUGGCAGCAGCUAUGCAGUGACGUAUCGGAGGGGCGGUGGUGCCAGCGUGAGUGUAGUGAGCGGGACAGGAACUCCGGGAACAUACAGUCGACUGGACUCUGGAGGGGUGGCUGAUGCCCAACACCCCCAGCCCAAGUCCCCUGCCAUGUCCAGCAAGGCAGAGCGUCGUGCCGGAAUGCACAUCUCCGGGCCUUUCUCUGUCACGGUGCCCCUGCACAUAACCUCAGGCCUGGCUCUGGGAGUGUUGCAGGCGGCCCCUGGGGAGCGAGGGGAAGAGCUACUGCAGAAGGGGGAAGACAGGGAGCGGGACAGGAAGGAGAACACAGGGGACAAGGCAGAGCAGGAGGAUAUGAGGGUGCUAACAGCAGAGGGGAAGGAAGCAGAGGCUGAAGCAGGCAGCGAUGGCAGUGAUGGAGGGACUGAGGAGGAGCAAGAGGAAGAGGAGGAAGAGCAGGAGGAGGAUGAAGAGGAGGAGGCUGCUCUGAAGAAGAAGGAGGAAGAAAGAAGAAACAGUGAAGGAGUAGGGCAGCUGGCAGGACAUAUAGGGCAAGAGCACAAGCUGGCUGAAGAGAGGGAUGUCAGUGUGCAUGGUCUGCCUGUAAAGGAGACACAGGCCGAGGUGGCGACAGGUGAAGACACAAAGAAAACCAACGGGGACAGUGCCACAGAAGGCCUCGCACAGCAUGACGAAGCACUUCGGACCAGAGAAGAUCAGGGAGAGGACAAAGAGGAAGGAGACUACAUGGAGAUGAAGGGUGUCCAACCUCAGCACGAGGACUCUCAGGAGUUUCCCCUGGAUUUUCAGGACACAUUUGGCUUCCUUGACCUGAUAGACAGCAGCAACUUCAACCAGAUCAAUGAGUUUUCUGUGGAACCUCCAUGUUAUGACAUGGAAGAAGAGGAAGAAUCAGCAGAGCAAGAGGCAGAAGAAAAAAAGAUGAGCUUCUCCCAUCAACAGUGGGAACAGUCCUCUCCAGGGGUGGAGGAUGUGGCGCUCAUGGCCGACACAAAUGCACAGUCGUCACAGAUACUCUCCCCAAAGACCUUUGACCUGCACAACAAGGCUUGCAAAUCACACAGUUUGCCAUACAAGUCAGCCUUGCACAACCCUCAUACCGACUUCUCUGAUGACGAUGUUGAUGAGGAAGAUGACCAGGAUGAGGAUGACAGUGACGAUGAGGAAGAUGCACUGUACUAUAGCUUACCUGCUGGAAUACAAUUAAGCGUAAUGAAAGAGAGCGAGGCGGACACACGUUCAGAUGGUGAGUUUGCCACAGAUCCAAAUGAGUGCAUUUCAUAUGACUCAGGUCACCAACCAGGGGCAGCACAACAGGGGGGUGGAACCAAUCUCGACAUUAGCACUGAGUACUUGGCAGAGGAAGAGUUGAAGGACAGCAUGUCAGAAUUUCAAGACUACAACCAACUUGUCCACACAGAGGCACCUGGGACAACACAGGUUGAUAAUGAGGGCAAAGAGGAGAGUGCUCUGUUCCAGGCAUUGAAAUCGGAACAGAAUGAAGCCGAGGAAUGCACAAACAAGGGCAGCGGAGAGAGCUGGUACACAGCAGAUCCAGAACAUGCUUCCAAAAACAGCAACGGACAUGAUCAAUGGGUGCGUAUGAACAACGAGGAAGAGAAGGAUUGCGCUGAUGCUCCCUCUUGCAGUUCCACCAACAGGGAAGACCACACAGCUGCCCCAAGGCACGGAGAAGGAAAUGAUCCACAGACAAAUUUGGUACAAACUGACCCAGAGUCAGAGGUUAAAAGUGAAAGAGACUUUUCAGAAGGUCAUCAUGGUGAGCAAAUAUGUGCAGACACCUGUAGUGCUGACUCAGUAUGUGGGACUAAUCUGGGAGGAGAAGCUGUCAGCUCAGGUGUUACUCUACCUGAUUCUCCAUGGGAACCAGACGAAUCUCAUUUAGUUAAUUACAGUCCUCCAGUAUGUUUACUGAAUCCUUGUGAGAUAAACCCAGACAAUGAUGGGUUGGCCAAUGACAGUGAAGAUGUUGAAGCUGUGGUUUCUAUGAUGGAGGGGUCAGUAUUCUCCUCGAGAAACUCUGAGGAACUCUCUGAAAUAUGCACUGAGAGGGGAGAACAAGGAGAAAACACAGCAAACAGGGACACGGCAGGAGAACAAAUGUCUGACCAGCAAACUGAGGAUAGUGUGCAGCAGGAAGAGGACAACGAAGAACACAGGCCCGUAGAUCCCUCUGUGUGCAAAGACAUGGAUGUAUCAGGAACAAGAGAAGCAGAUGGAAUACCAGAAGAAUCUAAGACAGAAGAACCUAGUUCAGAAGAGUCUCCGAUCGAGGGAAGUAUGAGUGACAUGAAUAAAGAAGAGGUUGAGAAGGAAUUGAAGGGAGAGCAUGAGCUGGACAAAGGCCCAAUAAGAAGCAAGCAUGCAGAGAGGAUUGACACACACAUUCUACAACAGGAUGAGAGUAGUGAGGAGGGUGCGUCUGACAAGGUGGAGUUGAAUGAGGAUGGGGACGAAAAUGAAGGAAAUGAGCUGGGGAUGGGGACAGGGUUAGGAAGAACGACACCAAGCCAGCCCAAAGUGCAGCACGUAAAGCCUGUGCCUGUAGUGCCACCCAAAACGGAGCUCUCUAAACUGGCAGCCCUGAACCUCCGUCAGCAACUGCAACAGAGAGGGACGGAAAGGGGAAAAGAGGGAGAAUGGCACAAGGACCGGGACAAAGAGGGACAGGAUGAUGGAGACAGGGAGAGAGUGGAGGGGGAGAAGGAGGGUGACAAAGAGAAAAAUAGGAACAGUGCCAUCAGCAUGUGUUUUGAUGAGGCUGUUGCCAGGGCAACUGAGAGAAGAGAGAGAGAGAAGGAAGAGAGAGAGCAGGAGAGAGAGAAAGAAAGAGGCACAGAUGAACAAGUAAAGCAAAGAGGAAAUGACAGUAGAGAGAAGAACAGAGAAUAGAAAGCAUCAGGGGAAGAAAAAAAGACAAAAGAUUUGAAGAGAUGUGUUUCAGGUGCAUUGGUGUCUCUAAAUUACCCCUAGUGUCCCCUAGAGUGAAUGAGUUCAUGUGAUUGCUCUGAGAAGGGCUGGUGUCCCAUCCAGGGUGUACUCUGCCUCACACCUUGUGUUUACUGGAAUAGGGUCUGCACCAUCGCGGCCGUACGCUGGACAACUGAUCAACGAGAGAGAGAAUAUACCCAUAUCGUAUGCUGCAAAGCUUAAAUUAAAAAAAAGUGUAGCGGGAUGGAAUACACACAAGAAUGUACUUUAUCAAACUGCAACGCUUGUUAUUCUUGCCAAUUUCAAGUCAUAAAAGAUAAAGCACAAAAAAAUGCAUUGAAAGUUUUACACUUUCCACCCUUACAAUUUCUCUCAUUUGUGAGAAAUACUGCUCUGUCGAUAAUGUCAAAAAGACAUAACUGUUUGCAAAAAGUGUGUUUUUGCUUUUUGAAAACUGUAUUAUGAUAAUACAGUGCAGUUAUGUCACUCCAUUAAUAUAGGGAUUUCAAAGUGCUUUACAGAGGCAAUAAACGAAAUAGUGCGCAGUGAAGCGCAAGCUCUCGCCUACAUGACACAGAGUACAUAGUCUUUACCAGUUUAUCAAUAUUUUUUCAUCAUUUAAUUCUAUACAUGGGUCUGCAGAGAUGUUGGAAAACCACCAAUAACAUUCUGUACACUUUCAGUCUGUUUUGAUCAAUGACUGCAGACAUCGAUUCUCCCAUUCCAGAAGGUUUUAAACCAGGUCAGGAUGCCAGAAAUACUAUGUUUAAUCUGAUAAUGACAAUCAUGUGUAUUAUUUUGUCUUUGCCAAGGUGAAAUAUUAACUUGUGCUCCUUGGCUGUAAAAUGUAAAAAAAAUGUAUUUUAUUUUCAUAAGGACUUUUUUAUUCAAACAAAUCAGCUUUCC